AGAUGUCACCCUCCCCGCCCCCUGUCAGUCAGGCCGAGGGGGCGGCGCGGCCGCCAGGGGGGGGCGCUGAGCUCAGAGCUGCCGCAGCGCCGGAGUCGGAGCGCGCGAGCAGGCAGGGCGCAAGGCGCGAGCUGUGUGGCUGGCGACGCACCCCAGGCCCGGGCUUUGCUGCGCCCCGGCUCAGGGCCGGCGCCCCCCCGCCUGCUGCAGACCCACCUGAGCGCCUGCAUCCCCCAUCGCUCCCCUGACCCCUCCCAGCCGGGCCGAGCCGAGCCCCCUGGGUGCACCCGCCGCAGCCGCUGCCGCAGCCGCUUCCUCCAUCCCCAGCCCGGCCCCGAAUCCAGACCGCCAGGAUGGACGUGUUCAUGAAGGGCCUGUCCAUGGCCAAGGAGGGCGUCGUGGCCGCCGCGGAGAAAACCAAGCAGGGGGUCACCGAGGCGGCGGAGAAGACCAAGGAGGGCGUCCUCUACGUCGGAAGCAAGACCAGAGAGGGCGUGGUACAAGGCGUGGCCUCAGUGGCUGAGAAAACCAAGGAGCAGGCGUCACAUCUGGGGGGAGCCGUGUUCUCCGGGGCGGGCAACAUCGCGGCAGCCACAGGCCUGGUGAAGAAGGAGGAAUUCCCGACCGAUCUGAAGCCUGAGGAAGUGGCCCAGGAAGCUGGUGAGGAGCCUCUGAUCGAGCCGAUGAUGGAGCCAGAAGGGGAGAGCUAUGACGAGGCGCCCCAGGAGGAGUAUCAGGAGUAUGAGCCAGAGGCGUAAGGGCCCAGGACGGCGCCCCCACCAGCAGCACAAUCCUUCCCCUGUCCCCUGCCCCGCCCCCCAAAAGCCAGGGCUGUCCUUUAACCACACACACACACACACACACACACACACACACACACAC